AUGGAAGAGCAUCCUCUGCCAUCUCACCACCAGCUAUUCGCUUCUCUCAUUCCGCCAUCACCUCUGCCCGGACUCCGUACCGCAGGUGGUUUCAGCGAUAACCCUGGUGAUGCCGAGUUGAUCAGAGAGACGCCAUCAUCCGCUGAGGAUGGAAACUGGCGGCGGCAAUUGUUGACUCUUCAUGUCAUCUUCCCAAGUCUCCUCUUGCCGGCCUUGGAUCUACUGGAUCGUGGGCUAGUCAGCCGUCUCUUGGUGGCAGACGAGUCGCAAAAGGCACCGGCAGCAGCAUCAGUAUCUCCUGAUGGUAUCCAUAAACACGGAGAAACUGAGAAUACAGACGAACAGUCCGAAGGCCAUAUCCCUGACAGCUUGCAAGCAAUGGACCACAAAGAUCAGAUAUGUAUGUACACCGUCCAGUCUGCCGUCUCCACUACAUCUCGGCGUAAGCGACACACGCCGCAAACAACCAAGGUAUAUGCAGUGCAUCUUGACGCAUGGAGCUGUUCAUGUGGUGGAUUCGCCCUCGAUGCGUAUUCCCACUACGAUGUGGCCAAUAGUAGCGACAAAGUUCAAAACUCUCCACCGAAGGGAUUGUUCGGCAACUUGGGGCUGGAUAGAUUGACAUCACUCGAGGAUUUUCCGUGCUGUAAACACCUUCUCGCAUGCUUGUUGGCGGAGAAAUGGAGGAAGACUCCUGGCGGCCACGUCCAAGAUAGAUACACAACAAAGGAAGAGUUGGCCGGCAUAAUUGGGGGUCACUGA